AUGGGUACCAAUGUCUCCCAGGUGACCGAGUUCGUGCUGCUGGGAUUCUCCGGGCUGGCUCACCUUCCGGGCCCGCUCUUCUCGCUCUUCCUGGCCGUCUAUCUGCUCGCCGCGGCUGGCAACCUCCUCAUCGUGGCGCUGGUCUCCACCCACGCUGCUCUCCAGUCCCCCAAGUACUUCAUCCUCCGCAUGCUCUCGGGCCUGGAGACUGGCUACACGUCCCUCCGGGUCCCCUGCUGCCGCCACCUGCUCACCGGGCAGCGCCGCGCUCCGCGCCCGGGCUGCGCGGUCCAGACGUCCUUCUUCCUGUGCUCGGCCGCCGUCUGCGCGCCCCUGCGCUGCCCGCUGCCGCUGAGCCCACGCGGGUCCGCCGUCAUCCUCUCCCUGCCCUUGUGCGGCCCCAACGCCAGCCCGCACUUCUGUGAGAUCCAGCCGUGCUGCGGCUGGUGUGUGGACACCUCGCUCAGUGAGCUACAGAUCAUGCUGGCCGCCCUCAUCCUCAGCUCAUACGUCUUCUGGAUCCCAUCUGCAGCUGGCCGCCGCAAGGCCUUCUCCACCUGCUCCUCCCACCUGGUCGACGUCCUCUUCUGUGGAACUGCCAUCUUAAUCUAUAUCCGCCCUAAGGCCAGCUAUGACUCAGCCGCAGACCCCCUCCCCCUUUUCUAUGCUGUGGUCACCCCCCUCCUCAAUCCCAUCAUCUACAGCCUGAGGAACACCGACUUUAAGGUUGCUCUAAAGAGAAGCAUCCAGAAAAUGGGGUCUGCAGAGACUUAA